AUGACGCUGGCCAACGGCACCACAGCCCCAGAGUUCCUCCUCCUCGGCCUGGUGGACGGAGCAGACAUCCACCCCCUGCUCUUCCUGCUCUUCCUCAGUGUCUACCUGCUCAAUGCCCUGGGCAACUUGACCAUGGUGGUGGUGGUGAGGUGGGACAGGGCCCUCCGCUCCCCCAUGUACUAUUUCCUGGGUCACCUGAGUCUCGUGGACGUCUGCUUUACCACCGUCACCGUCCCUAGGUUGCUGGUCGGCUUGCUUCACCCGGGCCAGGCCGUGUCUUUCCAGGGAUGCUUUUCCCAGAUGUACUUCUUCGUGGCUCUGGACAUCACCGAGAGCUACUUGUUGGCAGCCAUGUCGUAUGACCGCGCGGUGGCCGUCUGCCGCCCCCUGCACUACUGCGCCGUCAUGACGCCCGGGCGCUGCACGGCGCUGGUGACCACGUCCUGGGCGGUGGCCCACCUGCACUCACUACUGCACACGCUGCUCAUCUCGGCGCUCUCCUACCCGUGCCCCGCCCCCGUGCGCCACUUCUUCUGUGACAUGACGGUGAUGCUGAGCUUGGCGACCUCGGACACGGCGACCGCGGAGGCUGCCAUCUUCUCCGAGGGCCUGGCGGUGGUGCUUACCCCGUUGCUCCUCGUGUCGCUCUCCUACCUGCGCAUCCUCGUAGCGGUGCUGGGAGUGCGGUCGGCCGGGGGCCGGCGCCGCGCCUUCUCCACCUGCGGGGCCCACCUGGUGGUGGUGUCGCUCUUCUUCGGCUCUGUCCUCUCCGUCUAUUUCAGGCCGUCAUCUGCCUACUCAGCCCGCUAUGACCGUCUGGCCAGCGUGGUCUAUGCUGUGCUCACACCGACCUUGAACCCUUUCAUCUACAGCCUUCGCAACAAGGAGGUCAAGGGCGCCCUCAAAAGGGGGUUCAGAUGGAGGGCUGUACCCCAAGAGGUAUAA